UUCAACACGACUGGGAACCAACCAGCUCGACACUACAAGGACAUUUUAAGUCAAAAUCGUGUCCUUGUCGCUGAGAAAAGUCGAGGAAACGUCGUUUGUCGUCAAAAUAGGACAAGUGUCGAGGGAAGCGGCAGCUACAGACACUGCAGCAUGCAGAUGUGAAGUCAGAUUCCUGCUACCCUUUGCUGCAACCCUGGACUGAGUGACAUCUUCUUCAUCCCCUUCAUAGUCAUCAUACAUGCUCUUACAUGAAGAGAGGGGAGAAACCCGAAGGAUACAGACAGAUGAGGCCCAAAACAUUCCCCGCCAGCAACUACAGUGGCAACAGCCAGCAAAUGCUGCAGGAAAUAAGGAACAGCCUGCGCAACCUGCCGAAACCCUCUGACCUACCUAAAGUGGACAUAGGUGGAGCUGGAAAAAUGCUUCCUGAGGAUCCAAGGCAGCAAGGACGCUGCAGCAACCCCAAAAACCCCUAUCAUAAGGCCUUACAGGAGAUCCGGAAAUCCCUGAUGCCUUUUGCCAACGAGCCCAACACUUCAGGCCCUGAGGUGAACAAGCACAUGUCACUGGAACCCCCAUUUGUAGGUUUCGAGGAGCCAAGCAACAGUCGCAAUGUGGGGGUGGCUAUAGACUACAGUGGUAAGUUGACCUACCAGGACUCAAUGAGGGAACAGAUGGCUGUUGCCAACCCCAACACUACAGGCCUGAAAGCCCCAGGUGCUUCCCAUAUGCAACAGUCUGUGCCGAGGAGACCAAGCUGGAAAGGCUCUAAGGAGUCUCUGGCUCCUCGACAUGGUCCCAUCAUGGUAGAUGGAAUAAUGUACCGCUCUGACAGCCCCGGACCACCUCCUGCCUUCUCACAAGGUCACCCUGGGAACAGCCAGAGAGUCAACCCUCCACUGCCGCCUCAGGUACGCAGUGUGACACCUCCACCAAACCGCGGUGCCAUGCCUCCUGCAACGUCCUGGGACAGCAACCCAUCAACCAAGCGCUACUCUGGCAACAUGGAUUACCUUGUGCCACGCAUCUCUCCGAUACCGCAGGGGGCCUGGCCUGAUGGAUACCCAGCUGCAGCACCUCAGAAUCAGCGUGGGAUCAGCCCAGUGUCUGUGGGCCACCAGCCCAUCAUAAUGCAAAGCUCUGGAGGGAGUAAGUUCACCUUCCCCUCCAGCUGGUCUCAGAAUGGCUCCCCUCAGACAGACUACAUGGCGGGGGGCAGCCGACAACCUCCUCCCCCAUACCCAGUGAACCAGAGCAGCCGGCACAGUCCCACUGAUCAGCAGAUGCAGGCAGGAGGACCUGUACCCUCUCCCUCUUACGUCAACGGUGGGAACAUCCCUCAGUCCAUGAUGGUACCCAACCGGAAUAGUCACAACCUUGACAUGUGUAACAUAGGUCCUCCUCAGUCCUGGUCCCAACCCCCUCUGGCCCCUAACCAGCCACAGUCCGCCUCUGGCAACAGCAGCAACCAGGAUCUGUCCCCGUCAUGGCAGCACAACAUCCCAGUUCGCUCUAACUCCUUCAACAACCACCAGCUGAAUGGCAGAGCGGCCCACCCAGCCAGCUCCCAGCCCUCAGCCACCACAGUCACUGCCAUCACCCAAGCUCCCAUCCUGCAGCCAGUCAAAAGCAUGCGUGUUCACAAACCUGAGUUACACACGGCAGUUGCGCCCACACACCCUCCGUGGCUGCAGCAGGCUCCACCCCCUCAAGCUGCACCUUCCUACCCAGAACCCUCAGCUCCUGUUCCUCAGAUCCCUGUAGUAGCAGAGGUACCCAGCUACCAGGGUCCCCCUCCGCCCUACCCUAAGCACCUCCUCCAGCAGACAUCUGCACCCUGUCCCCCGGCAUACGAUCCAGGCGCCAAUAAGAUCAGCUGUGGCAGAGAUGAGCCCAUGGAGGAGGAAGUCGGCGGCGGUGACAACUCCAGAGACAAGACGGCAGAAAACCCCAAAGGCACCGCAGCGACAGAGAAGGAGAAAAAGCAGAUCACGACAUCGCCCGUUCCUGUCCGCCGUAACAAGAAAGAUGAGGAGCGGAGGGGGGAGUCUGGCAGAGUCGCACUGUACUCCCCUCAGGCCUUCAAGUUCUUCAUGGAGCAACAUGUGGAGAACAUCCUAAAGAACCACCAGCAGCGGAUCAGGAGGAGGAAGCAGCUGGAAAGUGAGAUGCAAAGGGUGGGUCUGUCUUCAGAAGCCCAGGAGCAGAUGCGUAUGAUGCUCUGUCAGAAGGAGUCCAACUACAUCCGGCUAAAGCGAGCCAAGAUGGAUAAAUCCAUGUUCAAACGAAUCAAGACCCUCGGCAUUGGCGCUUUCGGUGAGGUGUGUUUGGCCAGAAAAGAGGAUACGGGAGCGCUGUACGCCAUGAAAACGCUCCGGAAGAAGGACGUGCUGCUGAGGAACCAGGUGGCCCACGUCAAGGCUGAGAGGGACAUCCUGGCUGAGGCCGACAACGAGUGGGUGGUGCGUCUCUACUACUCUUUCCAAGACAAGGACAACUUGUACUUCGUCAUGGAGUACAUCCCUGGAGGGGACAUGAUGAGCCUUCUCAUCCGGCUCGGCAUCUUCAAAGAGGAGUUGGCUCAGUUUUACAUAGCGGAGCUCACCUGCGCCGUGGAGAGCGUCCACAAGAUGGGCUUCAUCCACCGCGACAUCAAGCCUGAUAACAUCCUCAUAGACCGAGACGGACACAUAAAGCUGACCGACUUUGGCCUUUGUACUGGCUUCCGCUGGACACAUGACUCCAAGUAUUACCAGAGUGGGGACCAUGUGAGGCAGGACAGCAUGGACUUCAGUAAGGAAUGGGAAGACCCAGCGAACUGCCGCUGCACAGACCGCCUGAAGCCUCUGGAGAGGAGGAAGGCCCGGCAGCACCAGCGCUGUCUGGCUCAUUCACUGGUCGGGACGCCCAACUACAUAGCACCAGAAGUGCUGCUCCGAACAGGAUACACGCAGCUCUGUGAUUGGUGGAGCGUCGGUGUCAUCCUGUAUGAAAUGGUCGUUGGACAGCCUCCCUUCUUAGCAACUACUCCCCUGGAGACGCAGCUGAAGGUGAUAAACUGGAAGAGCACGCUGCAUAUUCCCCCGCCAGCCAAGCUCAGCCCAGAGGCGUCGGAUCUCAUCGUUAAACUGUGCCGAGGCCCGGAGGAUCGCCUCGGUAAGAACGGUACGGACGAAAUCAAAGCUCAUUCUUUCUUCAAGACCAUCGACUUCUCCAGCGACCUGAGACAGCAGGUGGCGCCCUACAUCCCCACCAUCGCCCACUCCACAGACACCUCCAACUUCGACCCCGUGGACCCGGACAAGCUGUGGAGCAGCGACAGCGACGGCGAGGACAACCACAAUGACACCCUCAACGGCUGGUUCCGCAACGGCAAACACCCGGAGCACGCCUUCUACGAGUUCACCUUCCGCCGCUUCUUUGAUGACAACGGCCACCCGUACAGCUGCCCCAAACCCAUCGAGUAUGAGGGCUACAACGAGGACGAGGCGGACUCAGAGGACCCGGUGCAGGAGGCGGCCGGUAGCUCUGCAACACAGGGCCGAGACCUGGUCUACGUGUAGCACCUGGGGCCGCCUGAGCUGCUUGUACAUGAAGAGUUUGUGGAGGGUGUUUGUGUGUGUGAAGGGGGUUGCAACGGUACAGCAUUUAAAACCUUAAACAUAGGAAUAAGUAUGUUUGUAGGAUGAGUCAGAACGCUCUGCAGAACAAGAUCACAUCAACACACGACACGUUGGAGGAAUGGUUUCGACACUUUGGGGAAAAAACACACUGCUUAGCUUUCUUGUCGAGAGAUAAAUGAGAAAAUUGGUACUCUUUCAUACUUGUACAGUAUAUAUGAAGCUACAGCUAGCAGCUGGUUAGCUUAGCAUAAAGACUGGAAACACUAUCUUUAAAGCACACACUAAUUAACUAAUUACAUCUAGACCUGCAAAAAAGGAUUAUUUCCCUUAUCGAUAAAUCUCUUUGUCUAUAUAAUGUCACAAAUGAAUACAAAUUUUAAAAGUGGCAGUUAUAAUUUUUAUCAUGGCUCAGUGAUGUAUUCAGAAGUCUAACUUCUCUCCAAAACACUACAGAUAUUCAGUUUCAUGUCCAUACGACAUAAAGGCAUCAACUCCUCAUAUUUGAGAAGUUGGAACCAGGAGAUUUUACACUUUAAAAAUAAGAGAAAUAGUCACUUAAUUAUCAAAAUCAAUCAAUUUUCUGUCAAUGGACUGCAAAAUUGCAGCUCUGGUUAUAGCUCAUGCUUUAACACUGAACACUAGGAGGGGGCUUUGUUACCGUACUCCAGAUGCCAUCCAGCUGAACGGUCACUCAACCUUGACAAACUGCAUCUGAAAGCACUAGGCCUCAUGUUUCUGUCCUAAUAUCACUGCAACAACAGCUGCUUAUUUCGUAACACAAAACGGUACCAGAAAAUACAAAAUAGGUGAUUAUUUUUGACACAGAACAAUAACCGUAUUAUUUUGGCUUGUGCACUAAAUGUCUCCCUGGAGUGUCAGAGCUGCAGCCUCACAACAAGACUGGUAUCCAUCAUCUUGUCUGACCUUUGGCGAGAAAGGAAACAAGUGUUUUCCCAAGAUGUUGAAGUGUUCCUUUAAUUGUGAGAGGUACACUGUGUGAUGUGUGUUGCCUGAAAACCUUCAAAGGAACCGAAAGCAGGAAAAAAAUAAAAAUAAAUAAAAAUCAGGGUGCUCUCUUUGACGACUUCUGGCGUACCCCCUUAAAGCCUUAAUUUAUUUAAGAAAGUUGUAACUGCUAGUGUAGACGCUGUUUGUACGUGGGAAUUCUUGUUAAAUUACAUUUAUUGGUAAAAAAAAAAAAAAAAAAUUGUCUUAAUUUAUAUUUUAAUGUCUGUUGCAAUGGGGGAUUUAGUGUUCAUAGAAAUUUGCAGGGAUAAAUUGCUCUAAUUAUUCAUUGCUGUGCCUUUUUUAUUCCUUUUUUUUUUGUUACCUUUCACCAAAUAUAAAGAGGGUUAAUAAUCAGACUGGCAUUUUAAAAUGAGAGUAGCAGUAGUGUGAUUGAACUACAGUAGGUUUUUGUUUUAUUUUUCUAAUUUAUACCUAAAAUGUAUUUAUAAAUUAAGUUGUACACAGUUGAUGUAAA